UUCUUCUUAAAUUAAUUGUAAACUCCGAGAAAACCCUUCCUCGUGGGUAGCAGAUCUAGUUCGCUGAGUCGACGUACAAGCAUCCGAUUGUCCGGCGGACGCCGUCCGCCGUUGUCAAACCUGCGUGGUUGUUUUCGGGCAAGCAAUGAAGAAGGUUCGAACCCUAGGGCCUUUUCUACUCCCAAAAUCCGGUGAGAUUGAUUUGUUCAAUCUGGUGUUUUGAAUUUUUCCCUGCCUCGUCUGUUCGCGCUGUUCUUGCUUUGCUUUAAACUUUUCAUUUUAAUUUGGCUUUGAAUCUGGUCGCGUGGUCGUUGAAUAUUGACACCUUUGGAUUUGGGAGUAUUUACAUAUUGAGUUUAUUUUUUUGUAUUAGUUUUUGCUUGAAUGGCGUGUAAUUGGCUAUUAUACUUCCUCCCUCUUCAUUUUGAUUACUAGCGACUUCUGUGAUUUGGAUAUUGUUUUUUCCCCCGCAGUGUUGGAUUUGUUGUGUUUAGGCAUUCUGUUUAUUAAUCUUUUUAUAUUAUCAUCAAAUUUGGAAAUUCUCCAGACUCAAGGUGCUGAUGUAUGAUCUUGUAAAUGACUUGGCUCGAGUUGUGUCAAAGUGUCUGGCACAAACGUGAAAGGACAUUAUAUCAACUAUGCAUAUUUCAAAGAUUUCAGCAGGGGGCAUCGUGUAGUAUAGGUUCAGUUUGGUUGUGCUAUGAUGAAGGCUACAUGAUAUCACCCUUCCAAAAAGUUCUCCAUUCAAUAACUUUGAAAUUUUGGAAAUGGCCACUUCCAAAGCCAUAUCUCCCUUCAGGCUCUCUUCCCUCCUCCGCUUGCAGAAGGAUCCUGCUCUUGCUCUUGAACUUUUUAGAAACCCUAACCCUAACCAUGACCCCAAAAAGCCUUUUAGGUACUCCCUUCUUUCAUAUGAUCUCAUCAUUACAAAGCUUGGUCGUGCCAAAAUGUUUGAUCCAAUGGAGCAAGUACUCCAUCAACUGAAGCAAGAGACACGUUUUACUGUUCCAGAGGUGCUCUUCUGUGUGGUUAUAUCGUUCUAUGGUCGGGCACGCCUUCCUGCGCGGGCCCUCCAAACAUUUGAGUCCAUCCCAUCCUUCCGGUGCAAACAAACUAUAAAAUCAGUGAAUACACUUUUAAAUGCACUUUUGAAUUGCGGACAAUACAAGAAAAUGAGGGAAAUUCUGUCUGGGAUGAAUGAAUAUGGAAAGCCAGAUGCUUGUACGUAUAAUAUUCUGAUCAAUGCUUGUUGUGUUGGAGGGGAUAUAGAACAAGCAAGGACUAUGUUCGAUGAAAUGCUAAGAAAUGGGGUUCGUCCAACUGUGGUGACUUUUGGGACUUUGAUUAAUGGGCUUUGUUUAAAUGGUGAGAUACAAGAGGCUUUAAAGCUAAAAGAGGACAUGACGAGGGAUUUCAAACUAAAACCUAAUGUCUUUUUGUAUACAACAUUGCUUAAAGGGCUUUGUCAGAUUGGGGAGCUAAGUUGGGCCUUCAGAAUCAAGGAUGAAAUGGUAAGAAAUAAAGUGAAGUUAGAUUCUGCCGUUUACAAUACCCUAAUUGAUGCACUUUUCAAGGUUGGAAGGAAGGAAGAGGCACUGGUUGUUAUGGAGGAAAUGAAAAAGAGUGGUUGCAAACCGGACUUGGUGACUUGUAAUGUGAUGAUCAGUGAAUAUUGUAGGGAGAAGAAUUUUGAAGAGGCCUAUAAAAUUUUGGAGCAGACGGAAAUUUUUAAGCCAGAUGUUGUGAAUUACAAUGUGAUUAUUGGAUCGUUGUGCAGAGAGGGUAAAUCAAUUGAAGCAAGUGAAUUGUUUCAAGAUAUGCCAAGACGUGGAUGUGCUCCUGAUGUAGUAUCAUACCGCACGCUUUUUGAUGGGCUUUGUAACUGCAUGCACUUCAAGGAGGCAGCAUUUAUUUUAGAUGAGAUGAUGUUUAAGGGUUAUGCACCUCUUAGUAGAAGUAUAAACAAGUUUAUCUGUCAACUGUGCAGGGAAGGCGAUUUUCAGUUACUUUCAGCAGUCAUGACAAGUCUGGGCAAUGGCAAUUUUCUUUAUGAGGAUAUAUGGAAAAUUGCGGUUUCCAUGACUUGCAGUAAGGAGAAGCCAUCAGAAUUUGAACUGUUUGAUACUUUAGUGGUGCCAUAAAUUCCAUUUAUUCUGAUUUGCAGGUUCGGUUGACGAUUCAACCAAAUGCACUAGUUAUGUUCAUUUUUUUGUAUAUAACAACUCACUGACCAAAGAUUCAUUGGUGAUUAUUGGUUGAGAAGGGACAGCGUGAAUUCAUGCAAAGAUUAAGUAUAUACUCCAUGAA